AUGAUUUAUUCUCAGUAAACAUUAUAAGAGAACAAAGAAAUGGAUUUACAAGGUAUUGAUACUUUUGAGCACCCUUUAGCUCAAUUAUAAUCCUUGAAAACUCGGUACAACCAAGUAUUUUAUGGAGUUAUUUUAGGAACGAUAAGAGUUUGUGCUUUUUAUGCAAGAGUACAUUGUAGAUUGCCUUACUUAUGAAAAUCAAGAGAUUGGAGAUGAUGUACAGACCUUCUAUAAUAUCAGUAGGUUGUUUAAACAAUAAAAAAUAUAUGUUAAAAAAUGGUGCUUAAACCCUUAUGGAAUUAUGAAGAUUUAAUUGUGGAAUUAGAGCAGCAACUAGAGACCUAGACACGUAUGCAAACUCUUUCUAUUUUUAAUAUUUUUAGACGAUUAUAUCGUAUUGAAUUAAGUCAAUUUAAUCAUUUCCAGUUUCGAUGCAUAAUACUAAAACAAGUUUAAUUAAAUAAGUACCCACUGUCUGUAGACACUAAAAAGCUUAUGUUCUACAGAGAAAAGGUAAUUAAAGAGGAUGACCAAUUAUAUUGAAGGUAUAUAUAAACAAUAACCAAAGUACAAGAAUUAAUUCCGAAUUAAUAGGAUAGAGUGGAAGAGAUUCAUGAGCUUCUUACAUCAUUAGUCUAGUACAAUCUAAUUAUAUUAAACUAGAAAUCAAGAUAAUGUACUAUCCAUAGAUUUCUGGAACUAUCCUCCCUACUAAUUUCUGAGCACAACUUAACAAGAUUUAUCAUAUUAGGUCAAAAAAUAGAAUGUCGAUGUUAUUUUGAUUGAUACAUAUGGGAUCAAUCAAGAAGUAGCAAGAGCUCUAUUUUAGCUAUUGCCAGAUUAUGAACUUAUUUUGCCUCAGCUCCUAUCCACAAUUAACUUAACCAAGGGCAAUUUGUAACAUGUAAGAAAUUUUAAAUUAUGCAUUAUUUCAGAGCCUGUCCAAUCUGUACGAUUUGCAAUUGAAAAUGACAGAUCAGUUGAAUCCUUUCACUUUGAAGGGAAAGGGAAUGGUUUGUUGUCAAGGUGAAGGUUUCACACCAAAUGAAUUUAUAUGUUUUUACUAUGGAGAAGUGUAUACACCUUAAAGAUGGUUUGAAAAAUAAACAAUAUUUCAUAAGAGAAUGCAAGAUGGCAAUCGAAAGACGUGUUCGUAAAGUCCUUAUGUCGAAUUCUUCAUAAAUGAUGAUUUAUUGGUAAUGUUUAAAAAUAUUUUUAGUUUAUUGACCCCACUCGAUAUGGGAAUAUGGCUUAGCACAUUUCAUAUUCGUGUGAUCCAAAUUGCAGAUUAGUCUCAGUAAUUGUCAAUUAGCAGAAUAUAUUGGCAGUUAUCACAUAAAAGAAAAUAAAUUACCUAGAAGAAUUGACUUUGCCUUUUCCUUCCACUUCUAUGGACGAGUGUCUAUGCGGAUCAUUGCAUUGCAAGAGAGCAUAGCAUCUGGAAUUGGAAAGUGCCCAUCAAAAUAGCAUUUACCCAAAUUAUAUAUAAAGAAAUGUAAUUUUGCUAUAAUCCACCCUAAUGAGCUGCCAAAACACUCAGAAUGAUAUUCCUGAGUGGUUGACAAAUUGGUAGAAACUCAACCAUCAAUAGAAUUAUAUCAAUAUAUUGUCGUGUGUUGACAAAGUUAAGUUUGCAUUAUAACAUUUGAAGACGGUGUAACCGCCUAUUUUUGUAGUAACAAACAUUUUCGACCAAUUCUGGAAGAAUUACGAAUCCAACACUCAGAAGAUUCAGUUGGAGUCAUCAAUAAUAAAUGAAAUUGUGAUAUUCCUGAAAAGACAUUCAUAAUAACAUUAGUGCAGUAUAGGGUUAGAAAUAAUAAAACAGAUGAAGCAGAUUAUUGAUCAAAAUAAUGUAUAUGCUUUGGAAUUGACGAGAAUGCUAUUACUUUUAUUGAGUGAGAUAAUUUUAAAUAUAGAAUCUUGCUCAUUUAAUAACAAGGCAUUUGCUACUAUUUUGUACUUUAUGUCAUUUACACACACAUACUUUUCAUCGACCUAAUACUAAGGAUUCGAUGGGAAACCUUUUGAGGAGAAUGAAUUCGAAUAUAUUCCUUAACCAAAAAAUAAAUCCAAAUUGGCCUUGUCUAAAUAAUACACUCCUUAGUUUAUCUGGGGCUAAUUAAUCAAUUGGAAUAAGCAGACACUUCAAAAUCCUUAGUCUUCAAUGGCACAAGAAAGGAGAGGUGUUUUAUGCUAUCCAUCAUUGUUGUUAUCAUUUGAUAAUAAACACAAGACUUUUCCUUAUUAAUGUAAGACCAGGGAAAUAUAUUUGGAAUAUUUUUAAUCAAAAAAAGAAAUACAGCCUGAUCUAUCAACUUGGUCAUACAAAAAUUAACACAAGUACGUAAUUCUUAUUAUUUUAGCAUUUAUGGUACCAUAUUUUUUGAAUAAUAUUUUUCAUAACAAAUAGUGGGGGAGGAUUUCGUUAAUCAAAUUUGUAAAUUAGGGAUGCAAACAUUUGAAAAAAAGUUUCAAUAUUGGUUGCAAAUAGAAAAUUGUUUUAAUAUGAAACAAGAGAUGAUCGAUGAAUUACAGACAAUUUUUUAGGAGUAAAAUUUAUAACAAUAUUCUUAGAAAAUUUUAAACAUUUUUUGAUCAAACUCCCAAAAGCAAUUCUUGUACAGAAUAUGUUAAUAAUAUCAAGAAAAAAGUUAAAUUUAAUCAAGAUACAAUAAUUGCAGAGGAAACUCAAUUUAGUGCAUAUUGA